CAUAUUAACAUUUUUGAAAUAGUUUGUAGGAGAUAUAAUAAAUACAAGAUAAUUUUGUUAUUACCAAUAAAUUAUUUUAUAUCUUAAAGCCUAAAGAUCUUUAAUCAAUCCUUUAAAAUGAAUAUAAAUUACAAUAAAUCAUUUGAUAAUGAUCUUUAAAACCUAUCAAAAUCUUUUGAUUUUUCGUUUGAUGUGAUAAAUUCUUAAAAAAUCUAAGAAAAUAAGACAUGUAGUACCAAUCAAACAGUUUAUUCUAACUAUUUCCCUAAUCAAACAAAGAAAAAUUUCAGGAACUUUUCAUAAAAAAAGCUACCUUUGGAUAAAUCAAUUUCUCCCUCAAAGAAAUUUAUGAUGAACUCUUAGAGUCAAUAACAAGUAGAUGAAUAUUAAUGUUUAAAUAAAAGAUUGCUUGAAGGAUUCUUAAAAUUAAGAAAGUAAAUUUUCCAAACUGAAAAUCAAACUUAUCAAUAAAAGGAUUUAAGUAAUUGUAAUGCUAAAUAAAGUGCAAAUUUUGAGGGAUCUAAUUUGUCAACUUUAAAUUCAUAUGAACCUCUUGCUAAUAUAAAAUUAAAAUUGUUUAAAAGAAACCUAAAAAAGAAUCAAAUUUAAAACUACCAGAAAAAUAUAAAUGAAAAUAUACUAAGCAUGGACCAAUAAUCAAAGUACUCGUUAUUUGAUAAUACUGUAUCAAAGUGUAGUUACAAAGCAAUAGAUUUAACAAAUUAGUUUAAUUUAAAUAAAAACUAAGAAGAUCAUUCGAAAUUCAACAAUCAGACAAAAUAAAACUCUGAACAAAAAUAAAAUAAGCAAUAUCUUUUAAAAACUUAAUAAAAUAUCUGUAAAAAGAAUAAUUUUAAAACAUAAGAUUUGAAGCAAUGUUAAAUAUAGAAUAAAUCAAAGAUAAAAAAUGAUAAAAGUAAAAAUGAAAAUACUUUUUAUAAUUUUUAAUCAAAUGAUUUAUCCACAAGAGUAAGUUUUUACAAUAUUAACAAAAGUGAUUCAAAAAAUGACAGGAUAAUAAAUUCUUAGCAUAAUUUUUUUUAUGAUUGUAAUUUAAGUUUGGAGGAAACUCAAAAUAUGAAUUCAAGUAGAAGUCAGUCUCCUUAAUCAGAAACCUCCCUUAUAUUUAAUCCACCAAAAGAAAUACAUUAAGAAUUAAGCUUUAUAAAACCUGAAGUAAACUUAAAUUCAAAAUUUCAAAAAAUUAAGUUAAACUUGUGUAGGCCUAAGAGCUAAGAUUCUUAUAAUAAACUUAAGCCUUUUCCUUCCAACAAAAAUUAAAGAAAAUAAUCUUAAUUUGUUUAAUCAUUUUAGAAUGAUCAAAAAUCAAUAAAUAGCUUAAUUCAUGAAAUUAAAAAUUCAGAUUAAAUUUAGCCAUCAAAAAAAAGUGAGUUAUAAAAUGCUUUUUCAAUCAAAAUAGAAAAUUAAAUAGAAGAAAUCAGUCAUGGCUAUGAUGAUAAAGUCUUAAAUAAUCAGGAUAAAAAAAUCUAAAUAAACUGUGAUGAAUAAUAAGAGAGAAAUUAACAAUUAAAUAGCAAAUUGAAUAGAGAAAUCAUCGGAAUUGAAUCAAAAGAAUAAAUUAAUAGAUAAGAAUCAAAAGAAUUAAUCUAAAAAUAAGAAUCAAAAGAAUUUAUAUAAAAAUAAGAAUCAAGAGAGUCGAUUUAAGACUUUAAACUCUUCUAGAUUGAGAUUGAUUAAGAAAUCGAAUAAAAAUAAUUUGAAGUUUUUAAUUAAUAUCUAUCAUAAAACACCUAUUUUAUGGGGAAAAAACUUAAAAAUUCAAAAAUGCUAAACUCUAAAGAUAGUACUUCGAAAAUUGUUUGCAGAAAAUCAACAAGCUUUUAUAGGCUUAGAAAUUAGCAAAAUUAAUCUUAAAACAAAUUUUUUAAUGAAUUAAUGGUAGAUUAAUUUUUGCACACAAAAAAACCUUUUGAAAUCAAUAUUUAAGACACUUGUUGUAAAUAGGAAUAAAAAAAUAGAGGCUAGAACAAAUAAUAAUAAAAACACUUUAACAUUUCAUAAAGAAAAUAUUCCUAUGAUAGUUCUUAAUAAAAUAAAAAUACAAGAUUUUUUGAAAUUCAAAUGAUGAGCUACAAACCAAUAGGCUUAUAAACUAGUAAUAAUUAGAUUGACAUGUAAACACAAAAUUACUUUAACAAAUAGUUGAUUACAAACAGCAUAGAUAAAAGCUUAAAAAUUAAUUGUGAAUAAAUCUGA